AUGGGCCGUUACGGCCACGAAUUUCUUGAGUUUGAGUUUCGUGCUGAUGGAAGGUGUCGUUAUGCUAACAAUUCAAACUAUCGGAAUGAUAGUCUAAUAAGAAAAGAAAAUACUAACCCUCUUUGUUUUUCGGAAUAUUGCUCAGUGUAUGUUAGUCCUUUAAUGAUGAAAGAAUUAAAACGAAUCAUUCAGGAGAGUGAAGUCAUGAAAGAAGACGAUCAACGAUGGCCAAAAAAGAAUGUCGUUGGACGGCAGGAACUUGAAAUUCGGCUUGGCAAUGAACACAUUUCAUUCGAGACAGCAAAAAUUGGGUCACUUGUUGACGUACAAGAGAGUGAUGACCCCGAAGGUUUACGUGUAUUUUAUUACUUAGUACAAGAUCUUAAAUGUUUGGUCUUUUCGCUGAUCGGACUGCAUUUCAAGAUUAAACCUAUCUAG